CCGUCUCCAUCCCCGUGCCCGUCCCCGCGAUGCUGCGGCUGCUGCUGCUCUGGGGGGCCCUGGGCUGCGGGGCAGAGCAGGCGGCCCCGCUCACCUUCACCAUGGUGCACUACACCCGCGUCUUCGAAGGCAAUUCUCUCUUCUGGGGAAACGCUAGCCUGAACGGGCGGCUCAGCCACGUGCUGGAGGGGCACAAUGUCACCCAGGUGCUGCCGCUGGAGCCUCCGGACGCCUGGGCAUGGCGUCAGAAGGACGUGCGCACCUACCUCAGCUACUUCAGCAACCUGGUGAAGCUGUUCAACAAGGAGAGACCCAUGGACUAUACCCAGAGGCUCUGCUGCCACCUCGGCUGCCACCUCUUCCCCAACGGCACAUCCCACAGCUUCUACGAGGUAACCCUCAACGGGACGGCCUUCCUGAGCUUCCAUGUCCCCAACGCCACAUGGCAGCGGCGCUGGCCCGGCCAGCACCAGGUGGCUGCCUUUGCCGAGACAGAGCUGAUGAAAUACCCCAUAACCACCCAUGACCUCCAGCACUUCCUCAACACCACCUGUGUCAGCAUCCUGCAGGCUCAGAGCGCUGGGACAGGAAAACUCAGCAGGCGGUCACGCGCUCCGCUGGUGCUGGGGCUGAUCCUGGGGACCCUCUGCUUGCUGGGCAUGGCUGUGGGGAUCUUCUGGUGCACGGGAGGGAGCUGCUAAUGGAGAUGGAGCUGUCCUGCGUCACCCCAUGGACACAGGGGGUGGUCCCAUAAUCUCCCUGUGGAUCCAUCAUCUCUGGAGGCAGAGGAUGGACCCAUCAUCUCCCUAUGGAUCCAUCAUCUCCCUGUGGAGGCAGGGGACGGACUAAUCAUCACUCUGGGGAGGCAGGGUAUGGAUCCAUCAUCUCACCAGAGAGACCAUCAUCACUCUGUGAAUCCGUUGACCAAGCUACUCCCCCAUAAGGGAUGCACGUCCCCAGUGCCACAGGCUUUGCUCCCAAGGGACACCAGUGGCUUCCCUAACCUGUCCCAGCUGGACUGACCUCCCCAGCAGCCCAGGGAUGGUCCCCAUGCUGGGCUGGCACAAUGUAUUGAAACUCCACAGAAACACACUUGGCACAGAUGGAAAAACUGAGAAAAGGGGGAUGGUGGGGAAAACAGCAAGAGAAACAGCCAAGGAACGGUUAAAAGGGUGGAGUUAAACCCUCAUCUAUCCCUGUUCCAGAGGGGAUGGAGGGAGAAUGUCAUACCUUGUGUAAUAAAAGCACCCAUCAGAUCCCACCACA